AUGCAAAACCCCCCCGCUCGGCUCCAGGCCUGGAGCCCGAGACAGAAGAAACCGACAACCUUUCAUUCUCGAUUCCCCCGCUUUGGAUUUCUACUUUUUUUUUUUGGUCCUGUUUUCUUGUUUGGUUUAAGAGGCUUUCUUAGAGAUACCCCCAUCGGCAUUACACUGGAUCGGAAGAUACCAACCGCUGCGCAUUUUGCUUUCUUCUCAUUUCCUUGGGCUUGGGUUCUUGUCUUACGGAUGAUUCAUGACAACCAUUUCACGACCAAUGACGAAUAUUCACGACUGCGCGCUCAACGAUACGAAUCAAGACGACGUUGCUCCAGGCUCGAUGCCACGACAUACGAUUUUCUUGGUUUUCUUCGCUUCGCACAGGCUAUUGAAUUUCAGUUACAGCAAAAGGCUUGCAAACCGGACCGGAUCCAAUAA